AUGGACGGUCUUAUACUGCAAGAUGAGGCGACCAAGGAGCGCAUUCGCUUAGCCGAAGAGUUCCUCGACCCCCAUGAUCAACAUGCGAGGAGCUACCGAUCCGACAUCAUCGUGAUGAUACAAAAAAACCAGAGACGACUCGUAGUGAACCUCGACCACGUCCGCGAUCACAACCCAGAAUUGGCAGACGGCCUGCUGUUCGACCCCUUCGACUUUACUCUAGCAUUUAAUCAUGCGCUCAAGGAGAUCGUCAAGACCAUCCCACAGGCACGCCCUGACCAGACCGAUCAAGAUGUCCUGUACUACUGCGCCUGGGCGGGCAGUUUCGGCCUAAACGCCUGCAACCCGAGAACCCUGUCAUCGAGUCACUUGAACCAUAUGGUGUCGAUCGAAGGUAUUGUCACUCGGUGUUCUCUUAUCCGGCCGAAAGUUGUCAAGAGCGUACACUACAACGAGAGGAAGAACAUCUUCCACUUCCGCGAGUAUCGUGACCAGACCAUGACCAACGGCGUGACCACGUCAAGCGUCUAUCCGCAAGAAGACGAAGAAGGAAACCCGCUCCUCACAGAGUACGGAUUUUGCACCUACCGAGAUCACCAGACCAUCUCGAUACAGGAAAUGCCCGAGAGAGCCCCCGCCGGUCAGCUCCCCCGCGGCGUCGAUGUCAUUCUCGACGACGACUUGGUGGACAGGGUGAAGCCCGGCGACAGAGUCCAGCUAGUCGGUAUCUUCCGGACCCUGGGGAACCGCAAUACGAAUCACAACAGCGCGCUAUUCAAGACGAUAAUACUGGCAAACAAUGUCGUCUUGCUCUCGUCCAAAGCCAGCGGAGGCGUCGCAACAGCAACCAUCACUGAUACCGAUAUUCGCAACAUCAACAGGGUCGCCAAGAAGAAGAACCUCUUCGAGCUUCUAUCCCAGUCGCUAGCGCCUAGCAUCUUCGGCCACGACUACAUCAAGAAGGCGAUCCUGCUCAUGCUUCUCGGCGGCAUGGAGAAGAAUCUAGAGAACGGCACACAUCUUCGAGGAGACAUCAAUAUCCUUAUGGUUGGUGACCCUUCGACGGCGAAAUCCCAACUUCUACGGUUCGUUCUGAAUACAGCACCGUUAGCCAUUGCUACCACCGGUCGCGGCUCUUCGGGCGUCGGUUUGACGGCCGCUGUCACAUCCGACAAGGAGACGGGCGAGAGGAGGCUCGAGGCAGGCGCUAUGGUGAUGGCCGACAGGGGCGUGGUAUGUAUCGACGAGUUCGACAAGAUGUCGGAUAUCGACAGAGUCGCCAUCCACGAAGUCAUGGAACAGCAGACCGUCACUAUCGCCAAGGCCGGCAUCCAUACGUCGCUGAACGCCCGCUGCAGCGUCAUCGCAGCCGCCAACCCCAUCUUCGGCCAAUACGACACCCACAAGGAUCCGCACAAGAACAUCGCCCUCCCCGACUCCCUCCUCUCGCGUUUCGAUCUCCUAUUCGUCGUCACCGACGACAUCGAGGACACCCGCGACCGCCGAGUCUCCGAGCACGUCCUGCGCAUGCACCGCUACCGGCAACCCGGCACCGACGAGGGCGCCCCGGUUCGCGAGAACGCCCAGCAGGCCCUCAACGUCGCGCUGCAGAGCCACGACGCGACGCAGCAGCCUACGGAGGUGUACGAGAAGUACGACGCGAUGCUGCACGCCGGCGUGACCAUAACCUCGGGCCGCGGCGCCAACCGGCGCCGCGAGGUGCUGAGCAUCCCGUUCAUGAAGAAGUACAUCCAGUACGCCAAGACGAGGGUGCGGCCGGUCCUGACCCAGGACGCGUCGGAGCGCAUCGCCGAGAUCUACGUCGGCCUCCGCAACGACGAGAUGGAGGGUAACCAGCGGAGGACGUCGCCGCUGACGGUCCGCACCCUGGAGACGCUGAUCCGUCUCGCCACGGCCCACGCCAAGUCGCGCCUCUCGAGCCGGGUCGAGGAGCGCGACGCGCUCGCGGCCGAGGGCAUCCUGCGCUUUGCCCUGUUCAAGGAGGUCGUCGAGGACGAGUCGCGCAAGAAGCGCCGGCGCACGCGGCCGGUCGAGUCGGACGAGUCGGACUCGAGCGACGACGACGGCGGCGACGGCGGCGACAGCGCCUACCGGGGGUCUGCGGCGCGCGGCAAGACGGCCCCCUCGACGCGGCAGACGGCACGCCGGCAGCCGUCGACGAACGGCAGCCGCAACGCGGCGGGCGCCUCGCCCGCGCCGCGGGACGAGGACGGCGACGAGGAGCUCUACGACGCGACGCCGCGGCGGUCGAACCGGGUGGUGGGCGGCGGUGGGGUGGCGGCGUCGUCGUCGAACGCGCCGACGACGUCGCAGAUCUCGUUCGCGUCGUCGCUGCCGGCGUCGCAGCUCGAGACGCAGGAGGAGACGCAGGAGGAGAUGCAGGGCGAGUGGGAGGAGGAGGACGCGACGCUCGCGACCGGGACGGCCGCGCUCUACCUCGACGCGCCCAUCACGGUGGAGCGGCUCGCGACGUUCCGGUCCGCGCUCGGGCAGCUGCUCAACUCGGACCUGUUCGACGACGACUCGGCCAACGUCGCCGAGGUCAUCGAGGCGGUGAACCUGCGGGUCCGCGCCGCCGGCGCGCCACCCUUCCCGCAGGAAGAGGCGAUCAAGGCGCUCAAGCAGAUGGACGACGCGAACCAGAUCAUGUACACAGAGGGGAAUCUAGUUUACAAGAUCUAG